AUGAACACCUCAAAUACUGUGCUGGAAACGCCAACCAUCGUCUGUGGUUCUCCGUCAUCACUAGCGGAGUACCAUAGAGGAACGGAGGAUUUCAUGGAGAAGGAAUCCACUGCCACUGAACUCCCUACGCAGAAUCGGCCCAAGACAUUUUCGCUUCCGCCUCUCGUCGAACAAUAUCUCUCCUUCAGUCCGACAAUCGUCCUGGAGAACUCUGGGAGCGUAGCGCGAGACCACCUGGCAUCUGAGCGAACUUUCCUCGCCUACAUUCAUACGAAUCUGGCACUUGCCUCUACCGGCGUCGCCCUCGUUCAACUCUUCACCAUCAACGACCUCGCAUCUCCCGAGAUCGCGGUACAGUUGAAUGCUGCCAGUAGGAGCAUCCAGCGCUUCGCGCGGCCGCUAGGCGUCACGACAGUUAUGCUAGCUCUCGUCAUGCUAAUGAUAGGUGAACCGGAGUUUCUCACCAAGGCCGACUGGCUUCUUGCCACAGAUGCUUGGACAACGGGGUUGAUCGCUUCUACCGUUCAAUCGUUCUUUGCCUGGCGUAUCUUGAGGUUGACCAAGAACUGGAUUUAUGUCGCAAUAAUUGGAGCGCUGGCCAUCGCGGGCGGAGUCGCCUCGAUUAUGACCGCCGUCUCGACCAUCCAUGUGCAGUUUUUCUCGGAAUUUCGCAGCUUCAAAGCAAUAGUGAUCGUGUAUAAGGCCGCCGAGGUGCUAGGAGACGUCGUUAUCACCACGGCUCUCGUUUGGCACCUCGAAAGCGCAAGACCGGUUUUCGACAAUCCGACAUGGUUGUCGAUCAUAUUAUUCGUGACCGUACAAACCGGUCUUCUGACCAUGAUCGUCGCCUCGCUCCAUCUUCUGUUCUACCUCCUCGAUCCAUCGGGGAUGCAUCUCCUGCUCCAUUUCCCCCUUUCAAAGCUGUACGCCAACUCCCUCUUGAGCAGUCUCAACUCUCGUCAUGGGUUGCGCGGUAAAUACACAAUUAGCACCGGGUCCCGCCUCGCGUCGACGCCAUCAUCCCAGGGUCAAGCGAACUUCGCCGCCAGCCUGAGCGGACAGAUGAACUUCUCAGGUAAGACUCGACAGAACUCCACGGCCAACUUGAACAUCAAAACCGCAAAAUCCCACCCCGAGGUCUUUGUACGAGUCGAAUCAUUGCAUGAAUUGCAUGACUUUGGGCAGGGUGGUCUAUAUGCACGCGAAGACAUAGAUGGACUCUGCGUUCCGUGGCGUGGUGCGAGAGGCUAG